AUGUUUCAAAUUGAAGGUCACAUAGUUGAAUUUUGCCAAGACCAAAAUGGAUCUCGAUUCAUUCAGCAGCGACUUGAACUGGGAGAUACUUCAGAGCAGCAGAUUGUCAUGUCGGAAGUGCUUCCAGCAAUUCGUCGUUUGCGAAACGACGUUUUUGGUAACUAUGUCAUCCAAAAGCUUUUAGAUUUUGGUUCGGCUGACAUGAAGUCUGAAAUUCGGAAUACUUUGGAGAGCGAAAUGCUGCAGCUGUCACUUCAGAUGUAUGGAUGCCGUGUUGUUCAAAAAGCGUUGGAGGCUUUGCCGGAAGAAGAGCUCCCUCGACUGCUAAUGGAAUUUCACCAUAAUGUCCUCAGCUGCAUCCAUGAUCAAAAUGAAAACCAUGUCAUCCAGAAGUGUGUUGAAUUCUUGACCGAGCAAAUCGAAUUCAUUAUCAACGAUGUACUGGUGAACACCAAAACAUUGUCUUGUCAUCCUUACGGCUGUCGAGUACUUCAACGGAUUCUUGAACACUGUGAGAAGACGAAGAAAACAGCCGUCCUGGACGAGAUUUGCAAGGCCCAUAGGAAGCUUCUCGAUGACCAGUACGGCAACUACGUCAUCCAACAUGUCCUUCAAUUUGGCCGUCAGUCUGACAGAGAUUCGAUUCUCCACAUCGUCGUAGAAAAUGGGCUUCUCGGUCUCUCAAGACAGAAAUUCGCAAGCAAUGUUGUUGAAAAGCUUCUUAAAUACGGUAAUGGGUCUCAACGCAGAGCUAUAGUACGAGAAAUGCUCAAGGUGAUUCUCUUGAUGGUUCGUGAUGCCUACGCAAAUUAUGUGGUUCAAACAACACUAGACGUGGUUCCGGAAUCUGACGAGAAGCGAUUGCUCCUCAAGGAAUUGAGUGCACACUCCGAGGAAUUACGCAACUAUACGUUUGCAAAGCAUAUUGUGACGAAACUUACUACAAUGAUGACGGAAUGA